AUGGAUUCAGAUUUGAAGUGUUUAGUGAUCAUACGAGCUUGCGGUAUUUAUUUGAUAAGAAGGAUUUUGAUUGCUUUUGAAGCUGCCAUUAAUGACCGUGUUGAUGUGCUUUCUCUGUCUUUGGGAGGUUCUCCGGUGGAAUAUUAUGAAAAUAGUAUGUCUAUAGGUUCCUUUCAUGCAGUUGCCAACAAUAUAAUUGUAGUGAGUUCAGCUUCAAAUGAUCGACCUUAUACUUGUUCUGUGGGAAAUGUGGAACCAUGGAUGAUCAAUGUUGCGGCUAGUACAAUUGAUGGAGACCUCACUAGUUUUGUUAGCCUUGGUGACAACAAAACAAUCAAGGGUGAUAGCCUUUCAGGGAUGGAAUUGUUGCCUCGGAAACUGUAUCCAUUGAUAAGUGGCGAUCAUGCUAAAUAUGAUAAUGUGUCUUCCAAUGACGCCCUUAAUUGCAUUGGUGGAACCCUUGAUCCACAAAAGUCCAAGGGGGAAAUAUUGGUUUGUCUUCAAGUUCAAGAUGAUUGUCACUUUCUUUGUAGAACUCACAAGGUUGUGGAAGCUGCCCGUGUGGAUGGCAGUUACAUUUUUAAUUACAUUAACCAUACCAAGUCUCCUGUAGCUUACAUUUAUAAAGUGACGCCUGAUAUCAUGACACCAGGAGUCAACAUAAUUGCGGCUUAUAGCGAAGCUAGAUCUCCCUCAAAAUAA